CCCCCUCCCCCCCCCCCCCCCACCCCCCCCCCCCCACCACCCCCCCCCCCCACCCCCCCCCCACCGCUCCCCCCCCCCCCCCCCCCCCCACUACCACUCCCCCCCCCCCCACCCGACCCACCCCCCCGCCAACCCCCCCCACCCCCCCCCCCCCCCCCCCCACCCGCGCCCCCCCCCCCACCCCCCACCCAGCACCCCCCCUCUCCACCCCCCCCCCCCCCACCCCCUACACCCCCACCGCCCCCGCCCCCCCCUCCCCCGCCACCCCCACCCCCCCCCCCCCCCCCCCCUUACCCCCCCCCCCCCCCCCCCCCCGCCCCACCCCCCGCUCCCCCCACCCCCAACCCCUACCCAUACCCCGACCUUCCCCCCCCCCCCCCCCCCACUCCCCCCCCCCCCCCCCCCCCCCCCCCCCCCCCCCCCCCCCCCCCCCCCCCGCCCCCCCCCCCAUACACCCCCCCCCCCCCCCCCCCCCCCACCCCCCCCCCGCCCCCACCCCAAACCCCCCCCCCCCCACCCCUCCCCCCCCCCCCCCCACCGACCCCCCCCCCACCCCCCUACCCCCCCCCCCCCCCCCCCCCCCCCCCCGCCACCCCUCCCCCUCCCCGCCCCCCACCCCCCCCCACCCCCCCCCACCUACCCCACCCCCAACCACCCCCCCCCCCCCCCCCCCACAACCCCCCCCCCCGCCCCCACCCCCCCCCCCCCCCCCGCCCCCCCCCCCCCCCCCCCCCCCCCCCACCCCCAAAACCCCCCCGCCCCCCCCCCCCCACCCCCACCACCCCCCCCCCCACCCACCCCCCCCCCCCUACCCCCCCAUACCCCUCCCCCCCCCCCCCCCCGCCACCCCCCCCCGCGACUCCCCCCCCACCCGCCCACCCCCCUCCCCCCCCCCCGCCCCCCCCCACCCCACCCCCCACCCAACCCCCCCCACCCCCCCCCAACCGCUAACCCCCCCCCCCCCUCCCCCCCCACACCCCCCCGACCCCCCCCCCCCCCCCCCCCCCCCCCCCCCCCCCCCCCCCCCCCCCCACCCCCCCCCCCCCCCCACCCCCCCCCCCCCCACCCACCUCCCCCCCCCCACCCCCCCCCCCCCCCCACCAACCCCCCCCCCCCCCCACUACAACCUUAACCCCGCCCACCCCCCGCCCUCCCCCCCCACCCCCCCCCCCACCCCCAUCCCCCUCCCUUACCUCCCCUCCCCCCCCCCCACCCUCACCCGCUCAAAUGAGCACAUAUGGUGAGGAGGCAAGCAAAGCUAAAGAUGUGGCACAGUUGCAGGAAGAGAUGUUAAUAGAAUAUGAUAUAGUGAGUGUUAAAACUGCCAUUAUAAUUAUUAGAAACCCCUCAGCAUCGCAGAAUGGUCCUGGGCUGGUGUUGGAGUGUGACAGCGAGGGACUAUCUGAUGCACAGGUUUGCAAGAUCCAGAAACUCCAAGAUGACAUACUGAAGCUUCAGCUCAUGCUUAGGAAUGGAACCGUGCAGUCUGAUAGUGUACCUGUGCAGGGGUUGACUAACGGUACAGUGGGGAGUGUCGCUCCGACAGUGGCAGCUCCUGUCACACAACCUCUCACUAAUGGCACUAAUGUGGUAAGCUUUUUACUCAGCUUUUAA